GAUGUCUUUGAGCAUUUCCGCAAGACGGCAUACAAGACGUAUGGGUUGGAUCCAGCUCAUUACCUUACUCUCCCAGGAUAUGCAUGGGAUGCUCUACUACGGUUCACCCAGAUUGAACUGCAGCUGCUCACGGAUGUAGACAUGCAUCUGUUUGUCGAAGCCGGUCUACGUGGGGGCAUCUCAAUGGCGUCGCAGCGGUACGGCAAGGCCAACAACCCAACAAUGGGUCAGUACAAUCCUGCCGAGCCCACAUCAUACCUGCUAUACCUUGAUGCCAACAACCUGUAUGGCUGGGCUAUGUGCCAAAGUAUGCCGACAUCUGAGUUUGCCUGGUGUGACAAGAACCUGUCCGAGAUACUGGCACACCCUGUAGAUUCGAGCACUGGGUUCAUUGUGGAGUGUGAUCUUGAGGUACCCUCUUCGCUUCACCACUACUUCAAUGAUUAUCCACUCGCACCGGAAGUGAUGAGAACAUUCUCAGAUAAGCUAUCACCAUACCAACAAGCACUUGUGGAGGAGCUCAAAGUGUCAGCCGUAGAUGGAGUCAAGUUGACACCCAGUCUCCUACCCAAGUCCAAGUAUGUGUUACACUACCGUACACUGCAGCUGUAUUCGCGUCUGGGCAUGGUGGUGACCGCUGUUCACAAGGUGUUGGGAUUUCAGCAGAGUGCCUGGAUGGCUCCCUACAUCAAUCUGAACACUGCACUUCGCACGAGGGCUACAACCGACUUUGAGAAGAGCUUUUACAAGCUGAUGAACAACUCAGUCUUUGGCAAGACGAUGGAGAACGUUCGUAAUCGAACACGCAUCGAUCUCUUGCGAGAAGAAAGUGAGGAGCAGGUACUGAGGGCAGUGAGCAAGCCUACAUAUGUGCGGCAUGACAUUUUCCCGAACGGGCUUGUCGGAAUAGAAAAGCAGUACACUGAGAUCAAGCUCAACAAGCCGGUCUAUGUGGGUAUGUCGAUACUAGACCUGUCAAAGGUACACAUGUACUCCUUCUACUACGAUGUGCUGAAGGAGCAGUAUGGUAGCAGAAUCCGGCUGUUGUACACCGACACCGACUCUGUUAUUGUGCACAUCACCACCGGUGAUGUUUAUGCAGAGAUGGAUCUGUCUCUGUAUGACACCAGCAACUUUCCCACUGACCAUCCUCAGUACACUUCUGCCAAUAAGAAAGUGGUUGGCAAAUUCAAAGAUGAGCUUGGUGGGAAAUCCAUGGUGGAGUUUGUAGGUCUAAGAUCGAAGAUGUACUCCUACAUCGGACUGGAAUCGGCCAAACGGGCCAAGGGUGUGCGAAAGGCAGUCCUGGCAAAUACCAUCACCCACAAGGACUAUGUAGAUGCACUGCUCAGUCAUCGUGUGUCUUCCAGGCCUAUGACGGGUCUCCGAUCACAUUGCCACACAGUGUAUGAGGAGGUAACCACCAAGGUGGCAUUGUCUCCAUUCGACUGCAAGCGGUACAUACUGGAUGAUGGCAUGGCCACACUUGCAUAUGGUCACAAGGACAUUUAAUGGACAGGACCCCACAUUGAACAUGUUUCAUCAUUUUCAUACAAAAACUCCCCGCCGUUCUUCUGUCAUUAAUUCCUCCUAUCUUGGCAUGUCGGGCCGGCUCCAACAAUAUACAUUUUUUGUUAAAUAUUUCAGGCUUGUGCCUCAAUCAUAUUGCAGGAUAUAGUGCAUCGUGCGGUAUAAUAAUCUUCAUUGUAUCAUCAAAUAUUACCCUACACACUUUGGGUUGCAGUGUGUGCACAGCAUAGUCCAUAUAUCAUCAAAUUGAUCAAGUUCAGUAUCUGCGGGCAUAUAUUUCCCCAGCUUGAGAAAAUGCUUAUAUACUUGCGUAAAUUUAUGCUCACAAUGAUUACAUUAAA